UUCUAAUUAAUAAAGCUACAAUAUUGAAUUCCAACCGCCUCGCCUUUCAUUUUAUCUGCAACAUUAUCAUCCAAAGGAGGAGAGAGAGAGAGACAGAGAAUGAAGGGGUUGAUUUGCCAGUCAACAGCAGUAUGCUUGAGCCAUGAGCAGCGCUCAGUGGCGGCGCCGGAGAGAAUGAACAAGUACGUUAGGUUAGGGGAGCAUCGCCAUCGCCAUCAUCAUCACCACGCCAAAAACAUCAAUCAACCGCCUGUAUCUCAUCAUCUUUUUCAGGUGGUUGUCAUGAGAGUCUCCAUUCACUGUCAAGGUUGUGCUGCUAAACUCCGCAAACAUCUAUCCAGAAUGCAAGGUGUGACGUCAUUCAGCAUUAACCUAGAGAGCAAGAUGGUAACAGUAGCUGGACACGUGUCUCCAUCUGGUGUGCUUGAGAGCAUAUCAAAGGUGAAAAGGGCAGAAUUUUGGUCCGGUUAGAUUAAGUUAUUAAGUUUCUUUUAUUUUAUCCACUGGGAUUAAUUAGUUUCCAUUAACGCGCGUUGAUCAGUGAUAGUAGUAUGCAUAUUUAUAUAUGAUAUGAUGUUUGGUUUGGAAAUUUGAAUAACGAUUUUGAGUGUGUUAAAAUAUUCAGGCAAUAA